AUGUUAUAUCAUGGAAGUAAUUUGUGUCAAAUCUAUCUAUCUAUCUAUCUAUCUAUCUAUCUAUACAACAAGGGAUAUCUCCUUUCUUUUCCUUAUAUUUUUGUUAUGUCUUUCUUCCGAAGUUUUUUUUUCCUUCUUUUCGUCUUUCCCUUUACUUUCUCCCUAUCUAUUUUCUCUGAAAAUAUCUUUUUCUUUCCUUCUGUGUUUUUCUUUUUCCUUCACUUAAUAACUUAUUCAGUUUUUCAAUCCCGCAAUAGUCUUUUUUCUUACAAUUUCUUUUCUAUUCCCCUCCUUUUUUAUUUGUGUCUUUCUUUUUCUUAUUUUUACAUAUUUAUCUUUUCUUUCACUGAAAUGACUUUCUUUUUCCUUCUUUUUCUUUCACUCAAUGAUGCUUCUCUGUAUUUUCCUUUCUUGUCUUGUUCUUUCAGUGAAUUAAUUAUUCUUUUUUUCCAUAUUUCUUCCAUUCAUUUUCAUUCAUUUUCUUUUUAUCAUUAUCAUAUUUCCUUCUUUUCCUUCUCUUUUUUGUUCUCGUUAUUUAAUUAUUUCUCCUCUAUUCGUGAAUUUACAUUCUCCCUGAUUUUUUACCUCUUUUAUUUUGUCCAACACCGAUCCACACACUUCCUUCGUUUUUUAGGUCUUUGGAUUUUCUUUUUUUAA